AUGAUAAUAGUAGAUCAGAAAGAAUUAAAAAGUUUACCUACACUUGUAAUUUAUUCUAUAGGCAUUCCUUUUAAUGAAUUCAAAGAUAUUAAAACUGUUACUAAUCAUUUAUUUAAUAAAAUACAAUAUCUUAUAUCUAAUGAGUAA